AUGGCAGGACACACAGGGAAGUGCAGGAAGGAGGGCAGCUGGACCGCGAAGGUGACAUUUGACUCUGACGAGAUGGAGUUUCCAGUGAAUGGGACGGUGGCCGUGACGUGCAACGAGGGAACUGACCCUGGGCCGUUCAAUGCAACGUGCAAUAUGACAAAGGAUUACGGUGCAGCCUGGGACAUCAGUCGUGUCAAGUGUCUCCGGAUGUGCAACCCCUGGGCCAAACAGGUCGACUUCAGCUCUGCCCAGGCAGAGUUCGGUGUUGGAGCCACAGUUUUGGUAAGCUGCCAAGAGCCUUUCGAGCAGAAGGUGUUCAGCAUCACGUGCCAAGAGAUGAAGUCUGGGAAAUUUGAGUGGGACUUUUCUAAGAACAAAUGCAUCUGGAGAUGUAAACUUCCAAAGACCUGGCAGGCCAGACCAGCAUUUUCUCCCAAGAGGCAGUUCUACAGCAGAGGGGAACAAGUGGUCCUGAGCUGCCCUGAGGGCUAUCAGCCGCAGCCCUCUGAGAUCAGCUGCAUUCCAAACGGGACCCAGAGUACGUGGAGUGAGACUCCCAGCUGCCAGGGGUUUUGUACAAAGGGUGGGAACUGGCCCCCGUCUGUCUCUGCUGCCUCCUCGCAGACAGAUUUCGCAGUGGGCCAGCAGGUGCUGGUGACCUGUCUCCAAGAUCGGUUUGAGGAGGGCUCAUUCCCGAUGAUGUGUGUGGAGCAGAAUGGGCGUGUGGAGUGGGACACGAGCCACGUGAACUGCACGGAAAAGUGCCAGAAACCCACCGGAGACCCAUAUCUGCGCUUUGCCCCAGACAAGCUGUACUAUGCCAGGGAGGAGCUGGUGACUCUGAAUUGCACAAAGGAUCAUGAGCCCUCGCAGCCCAUGAUCCGAUGCCUCUGGAAUGGGAGCCACAGUGUGUGGAGCGAGGAGGCCACCUGCCAGAGAAAGUGCCAAGAACCAGACUCCUGGAACAGACGGGCUGAGUUCACGCCAAAACAGUCAUCCUACAACCCAGGCGAUGUGGUGAUGUGGAGCUGCCCAGAGGGCUAUUGGCCCUCAGUGCCCCAGACCACCUGCACACAGUGGGGAACUUGGAGUGAGACUGUCUAUUGUGUGGAAAAGUGCGGAGAGCCAGUCCCCGGGGACGACCGGGCUGAGUUCACACCCAAACAGCCCUCCUACAGGCCAGAAGACUCGGUGACAUGGAGCUGCCCUGAGGGGUAUCGGCCCUCGCUGGCCAACAGCACAUGCAUGCUGUCAGGGAGCAGGAGUAGGUGGAGUCGGACUGCCUGGUCUGUUGGGUUUUGUACACUUAGUGGAAACUGGCUCCAGCUCAUGUAUACCAGCUCCUUCCCGACAGAGUGUGAAGUCGGUCAGAGUGUCUGGGUGAGCUGUCGCCAGGAGCAGUUUGAGGGGGGCUCAGGCUGGCUGCUGUGUGUGGACCGAGCCGGGCGUCCUGAGUGGGACACAAGCCGCAUGAAGUGCAUCGAGAAAUGCCACAGGCCCCAAUGGGACCCCAGACUUCAGUUUGUACCAGACCGACCGUUUUAUAGCCGGAAUGAGAUGGUGAAGCUGAGCUGCCUGGAUGGGUCUCCUCCAUCGCUCCCUGAGAUCUACUGUGCGAGGCAUGCUCAGGAUAAGCAGAAAGUCUGGGCUGUGCGGGGUGGCUGGAGCAGAUGGUGCCACAUUGAAGAGAACGUGACCUGUGCAGACAGCCCCAACAUCACCACUGGGACACCAUUGAUUACACCCACUAGCAUUAGCCUUGGAUGGAUUUGCACCCCCUCUAAGUCCUGCCUGAGCAUUUCAGCCAUGGAGGUCAAGUGCCUGCCGGCUGGACCCCAGGCCAACCCCUGCUGGAGGCCAGCAGACAGCCAAGGGCAGACAAUAGGAGGCCAGGCUGGGACACUUACCUGCAGCAACCUGCAACCCUUCACCCUCUACAAUGUCACCAUCUCUGCACGGUAUGGGGCUACCAGAUCCUCCCCCAGUGCUGUCCUCGACACGCAGCUGCUCAGGACAAGUGAAACAGUGCCAGACCAGCCCCAGAUAGAGCCGAGGGACCCCAGCACCGGAUCCCUGCAGUGGAAGCAGCUGCUGUCCUGCCACGGGGACAUCCUCGGGUACCAGCUGAACAUCACGGCCUGGAGAGAGAACGACGACAGAUUCUUGGAGGAGCAGGUGGUGCAGGUGAACCCAUCAGUCACUGAGUACAGGCCGCCCCACUGGAGACCCGGGACCAACUACUCGGUGACAAUCCAGGGCCUCACAGCUGCGGGCCUGGGGGAGGCAUCACAAUGGGCCUUUGAAAUGGAAAUGUCAGGGAAGCAGGAGUCCAGCCCAGUGGGGAUCACACCAGGCUACGUGGCCAUCGCUGUGGUCAUGCCACUGGUGGUGGCUGCUGGAGCCUUGCUGCUGUGGGUUGUGCUCUCCAGGUCAGUCUGGGGCACGUCUUCGGCCUGCUCUGCCCAUCCCUGA